AUGUACAUCUUCGGUAUGGCGGAGCGAGGCAAUGCCGAGGGGUAUUUCAGCUUUGCUCACACCUUCACCGUCGGCAUCGACCCCGAAGGUGUUGGCCUCUGGACCUUCAAGGUCAACAAGCUGUAUAAGAAGCUGUUCCACGUCGACAUCAACCAUCUCUGUAGUCCUAGAGGCGCCGAACGCCCCGUAACACCGUUGUUCAAGUCCAAGGUCAAGGUCCAUUGCAUCCAGGCUGUGCAGGUAAGGGAAGUGACCAAGUUUACUUCGGUUAAUGGAAGCAGAUACAACCACCAAAGAUGA